CACCUCCAAAUAACACCAUGUAUAUUAUUAUAUCCUAACUGUCCAAAACCUCCACUAUCUCUUUCUCAUUGCUCUGACUAACAGAUCAAACAAACAUGGAAAGUAACAUAUUGAAUCUGAUGAAGGUGUAUCCCUUAGUUUUCAUAUCCUUAACUUACUGUUUUUGGAUUCGGUCAUUUGUUUCACCAGGAGCAAAAAGACUUUUCUGUCUUCUUCCCAUCAUUUGUCUCAAUCUCUUCAUUCCUCUCACGUUUACAUCUGUACACUUAAGUGGUAACUUAGGAUUUUUCUUGGCCUGGCUUGCAAACUUCAAACUCUUACUAUUUGCUUUCAACAAAGGCCCUUUAUCCUCUGAUCCAUCAAUCUCUCUUCCUCGUUUUGUAGCUCUUGCGUGUCUUCCAAUCAAGAUCCAACAAAACAACAAAAAUCCUAACAAACCCCAUGAUAGAAUUGGUCAAACUCCAAUCCCAGAUCUAUCUAAAGCUAAUGCAUCAAAAAGUUCUAAUUUUACAUUUCUUCAAUAUGCUAUAAAGUUUCUUCUAUUGGGGGUUUUGGUUAAACUUUAUGAUUACAGUGACCAUAUUCACCCGAAGGUUAUCUUGGGUAUGUACUGUUUUCACAUCUAUUUUUUAUUGGAAAUUAUCUUAGCAAUUGUUGCAGCAUUUGCUAGAAACAUUUUGGGAUUGGAAUUGGAACCACAAUUUAACAAUCCAAUAAUCUCAACCUCACUUCAAGAUUUCUGGGGAAAGAGGUGGAACCUGAUGGUCACAAGCAUCCUCCGACCUACAGUGUACGAGCCAACGCUGAAAGCAGGGAAGAUCGUUGUUGGAUCUAAGUGGGCCCCGCUACCAGCGGUGUUUGGAACAUUUGUGGUCUCCGGUUUGAUGCAUGAGCUUAUACUGUUUUACAUGGGGAAGAUGGAACCAACGUUUAGGAUGUUUGGGUUUUUUGUUCUUCAUGGAGUGUGUUUGACGGUGGAGAUUGCGUUGAAGAAGGUGCUGACGGACAGGUGGCGGUUGCCGAGAUUGGUGAGUGGACCGUUGACCGUUGGAUUUGUUUUUGGUACCUGCUUUUGGUUGUUUCUGCCGGAGUUUAUACGAUGUCGGCUUGAUGUUAUGGCGUUUCAGGAGUAUGCUGCUCUAGGGGUGUUUGUCAAAAAUCUCACUUCUGCGUUUUGAAAUCAUAGGAUUUGCUAUCAAAUAUCUUGUAUUUUCAGUCUGUAAUUGAAAUAUUUCUAAAGCAAUAUUUGUUGGGAAUAAAUAAAGACAAUCUCUUCUUUUACAUAGGUGUAUUGUAGGAAGCAAUUUUUUAAACAUUGUUUAUCUACGGAACCUUUUUUUUAAACGUUGUUUAAA